AUGUCGACGCAGGCGCCGCAAAUGAUGGCGCACCGUGCUGCAAAGAAGUCGUGGCGGGACUCUCGGAUCACAGCCGGGGAGGUACCAGGAGCAGCCGCCGAGGACCUGGGCUUCAGCUCGUCGGGCGGUGGGCCCCGUGGCGCUGGCGAGGCGACGCCGCGGCUCGCGCGCGGGCGGGAGGCGGCCGUCGCGGCCGCCACCUCGGCGCAUGGUUGGACCCGUUCCCGGAAGGCUCGGUCGUGUCGCGUGUCGUUCGGGAGCCGGCGGUGUCUUGACCCGGCCAGAAGCGGGCGGCGCUUAGCCGAGGCGCUGGAGCGCAGCGCCGUGCCGUUCGUCUGGGUCGUGGGCGCCGGGAGCAGCGGCGUCGUCCCCGAAGCGUUCGAGGCGCGCGCGGCAGAGGCGGGCCGCGGGAUAGUGGUGCGCGGGUGGGCGCCGCAGCUGGCGACGCUGCGGCACCCGGCGGUGGGGUGGUUCAUGACACACUGCGGCUGGAACUCGGUGCUCGAGGCCGCCGCAUUGGGGGUGCCCAUGCUGGCGUGGCCGAUGACGGCGGACCAGUUCGUGAACGCGCGCCUGCUCGUGGACGAGGCGCGCGUCGCGGUGCGCGCGUGCGCGGGGGGCUUCGGCGUCGCGCCGGACUCGGGCGAGCUGGCGACCGUGCUGGCCGACGCGGUCGGGGAGAAGGGGCGCGACGUGAGGGCGCGCGCCAAGGAGCUCGCGGCGGAGGCCGCGCGGGCGGUGAACGAAGGCGGGAGCUCGUACGCUGAUUUGGACGGGUUAGUGCACGAGAUUCGGAAUCUUCGUUGA